AUGACACAGUUUCAGGUCUUGGCCAGCAGCACCUCCCCUGCGGAUGGCCAUUCCGGAAAGUCAUCCGAUGAAGCAAAGACGACUUUGGGUGGCUCUUUGACGUCGCCGAGCGCAUUCGACGUGGACAAAGGCACUGACGAACGCACGACACCCGUCGCCGAGGUAGCUCCUACUAGCGCAGAACAGAUGUACUUCGACCAUUUGCUAAGGGAGUGGCAGAAAAUGGCCAUAUGCUCCUUCCUACCCAUUCACCAGUUCUACAGUACACCGUACUGUCAGUCAAGGACCAGUACCGAUACCAUAACACAGCCGUUAUUGAAUGAUGUGCUCAAUACAACGACGGCAGACGAUGGAGCAGCCGUCUCGACACUGUCAGACGACCAGCCACUGGACCUUACGGUCAAGUCGUCACGCAAUGCCCACCAGCCUCAGGUGAAGGAGCUGAAGCCAUGCCAGUCGCUUAUUCCCGAUUUCAGCAGGUACUAUUUACUAGUCGAGGCAAUAUCGCCAAGGUAA